AUGUUCCGCAACCUCUCCUCGCCAGCUGCGCAGCCGCUAUCCCUACGCCGGCGCCAUCGAGCUCGUCAAGAGAGAGGCUUCGAACGUGGCUCUCGAUGGGCGGGAGCAUCUCCAGACUUCGAUGAGUUCCAUGGCGAUCUUGACCUGAGCAUCCAUCACACCACUUCGCCAUUCAACAACCGGUCCAGAGGCUUGGCUCCUCCACCGCCUGCUCAUCUCCGAGACAGAGAGCGUGAAAGCCCUAUCACCCGCCGUCGACCACGCAACAGUCGAGGUACAAAGGAGGCAAAGAAGCGACGAGAUGCCAGGAGGCACGAGAGAAAGCAUGCUGCUCAGAUGCUGGACGAGCAGCUGUCGAAGGAUAUCGACGAGAUCCUGGCCAAUGCCAAUAUCCCUGCAACACAAGCAAGUCAGCAACUGCCAACGCCAAUUUGCCCGACGACUUCCCUGUCGCAACCGCUGUUGGACUUCUCUUCACUGCCACCUUUACCGCCAUCACCUCCGAAGCUGCCUCCGCUCAACUUCGGCCAUUGGAACGUGAACGACUUUCCGCCUAUGACCUGGCAGCACCCGAGCUUCGCGCAUCCUCCUCCUCAGCUGUCGUCUGUUGUUCCAGACUGGUGCCCGUACAUUUCAUCCCUCAUGUCGAACAGGAUUUGGUCAGGCAAAGUUCCAAGUUUUACUGAUCUGUCCCACCUUUCGGACCAGAAGCCGGCCACGCCUAAAGCUGAAGUUCAGCAGGAAUUACGACCGUGGACAACCGACCUGAUACUGAGGCCAAAGAGGCAAUCAAGGUUCUUUCCAACUUCGCGCCUUCCACAGCCAAUAGUAAAGCUGCCACCAACCGCAUGCAAGCUCCAUCGCUCCGAACAGGCACUACAGGAUCCACUCACCACAGCCUGGAACCUGUCGCCCAGAUCCACACAACACGACGUCAAUACCAGAGGAGCUGGACAUGUCAAGACGCCCGCUCAAGAUCCUCCAAGGAACACUGAUCUGACUGAUGUACCCUCAGCUGCCAAUCUGUGGCACAUCCUCAUCAGCGAGAAGCUAGAGUCUCUCAGGCCUCAAGUCAGAGGCUGCGAGUCAUGCUGGGAGACCGAGUACGAUGAGGAAGGUGGCGUUGCACUGCCUGUGACCAAUGACGAGCAACCACCACCUUUUGAGCUUGACGGCAAGGAGGUUCCAUACGUCCACACCAACAGCUUGACUGGCCACGCCAACGAUACUGCCAGAUAUCACUCAGACUGUACUGGCAACGACAAUGUGGCCGAUUCUGCCAUUCAUCUCGCCGAGACCUUCAUGUCCGAAAAUUAUGGUCUCAACUACGACCUUGAAGCCAUGCCAUGGCCACUCUUUCCUCGCCAACCAACGCCAGAUGUUGUUCGUGCCAAGACACCCGAGAUGCAGUUCAUCGACAAUGCCGAGAACGUACACACCAACACCGAUGCCGACGAUCUGUCUCGCUCGACCGAGCAUUACAAAAGCGAGCAAGCGCUGUUCGACACGAAGCCGCUGCCCUCGAACAGCAACGAAGAGAGCACAUGCGACCUCGCGAUAUUCCUCAAGAUGGGCCACGUGGAGAACUGCUGGUGCAACGAGUGUUACGAGGAGCCGGAGCUCAUCAACGAGGAACCUGCGUCGCCAAUCAAGCUCACCGAAGAAGAAGGCUGGAUGACAUGGGACAGCACAGAGGACGAGACCGGUUCGGUCAGCACUGCUCCACCUACCCAAAUCAACCAAACCGCCGAAGAGGAGAAGGACACCACGCGCCACGCUUGGGCUCGUGCUCCUGAGUGGGAUGAUAUGUUCCCGAGUGUACCCAAGCGACUACGUGUCGAGUCGGUGGUGGAAAGUGAGCCGCCGCAGGAAGAGGGGGAGUUUCUUGGGUACUAUGAUGAUGGUGUGGCUUUUGCGAGGGAGAAUGAUUAUGAUUGGCUUUGGAAUUUGUGA